AUGAAACUGUUGCUAUCAGCUUGUACGGCAUUGCUGGGAAUCUGUGUGCCAUGCCUGGCGUUUCCCACGGCUUCCAAUGUUGCACUUCUCGCCAGAGCAGGAGGGAUUGAUAUCUCGGAGGACUUGACGUUUGAGGAAAUUGUGCGCCGAGUACAGCAUCAACGAGAGAAAAGACUCCUGGUCAACCCCCUAGAUACCCCGAUUCAAGUCGACGGCGAACAUGAAUGGCAGGCGCCUAGCUCCAGCGCGCAGAGGGGACCCUGUCCUGGGCUCAAUGCGUUGGCGAACCAUGGCUAUAUCGAUCGGUCUGGAAUUGCAAAAGUAGCAAAGGUGUUGACGAUGAGACAAGUAUACGGGAUGGGCAUCGGACUCUCGACCAUCCUCGCCGUCUUUGGCACCGUCUGGACCGGCAACCCACUCUCCUUGAGUCCAGGUUUCUCGAUCGAUACAGCAUCCCCCCAGACUCAGAAUCUCCUCGGAAAUCUGCUGGGUCUCCUCGGUGAACCACAGGGGAUCGGACGGUCGCACAACUUGAUCGAGACAGACGCUUCGAUGACGCGCAACGAUCUCUAUGUCACCGGUGACGCUUCCAUCAUGGACAUGGGUCGCUUUCUUCAACUUUACAACCGUGCCAGCAACGAUACAGACGUUCUCUCGACGGAAAAUGUGAUGCAGCACUCCAUCGACAUGCUCAACGAGUGCAUCUCCACUAACCCAUAUUGCUGGUAUGGACCCUGGACUGGCGCCAUUGUUCGUAAUGCUGGGCCGACUCUUGCUCUUCGCUUGCUUUCGAAUCACUCGGCAGAAAACCCGGGAGGUAUCAUGACCAAACAGGUACUGAAGUCUUUCUGGGGCGUGGUUGACAACGACGACGGCUCGCUCCAGUACAAGCGCGGAUGGGAACGCAUCCCCAACAACUGGUAUAAAGCCCCCGUCGACUACGAUGUGGUGCAGCUCAACCUGGACCUGGUCGACGCGUUCGUCAAGUAUCCCCAGCUCGCGUCGAUUGGCGGCAACACCGGCACCGUCAACUCCUUCACGCCGCUGGACAUCAGCGACCUGACCGGCGGCGUGCUGAACGCCGAGACGUUGCUGCAGGGGAACAACCUGCUCUGCUUCGCGCUGCAGAUCGUCGACACCGUGUCUCCAGACUCGCUAUCUCCGCUGUACUCGACCCUGGCGGUGCCUUUGAAACUGCUCACGGAUGCGCUGGGCUCGGCUCUGGAUCCUCUGACGUGUCCACCCCUGGGUGAUCUGACAUAUGGGGGCCAGCCGAUCUGGGAGUCGCUGACAAAGGUAUUUGCGGGCCCUGGCCGUGCCGGAGCUCCUCUCUGA